AUGUCCAGUCUGACGAAGCAGUGGCUGCUCCAGCAACGGAACCACCUGCCGGUGCACAAGACUGGUGUCCGGUCAAGAGAGACAGUGGCUCAGAAUGAGUCAGACGUGCCGAUGGACAAUGGAGUGGACGCCAACGUGUUAGAGAUGCAGGGAGUUCAGCGCAGGCUCACGAGAGGCAAGGCAGCUGAGGCAGGGAUCACCGUGGAAGCCAUCGAAGCCAACGACCCUCCCUUCCGAGAGGCUUCCACCAGGUCUGCUGAGCGCGGCAAACGCGAAGCGUCCAACGAUCAGAAUGAUCAAGACGACCUUCCGGCAGAAGGCCAGAUGCAACUUGAGCCGAACGGGACAACAACCAGCUCGGGUGCCCAAGGACAGCAAGGGAUUGCGGAGGAGGAGGGUAGCGUGAAGGAAGCACCUGCCCAAGAGGAGCCUGCCCCCAAGGAGGAGGAAGGGAGUGAGGUGAAGGCGGAAGCUGCUGGGGAGAAACCUCUGGACUGGGGUGAUGAGAAGAUGGAGGAGGCUGACGAGACCGCCGCUGACACGACUGGUCACGACAACUCGAAACAGCAGGAAGUCGAAGUCGACCAGGCACAGCCUGAUGAGGCCGACGACCAAAAGGAAGAGGAAGACGGGAGUCGCAAGGACGACUCUGUGGAAGGUUCAGAACUGGAUUAG